UCGAAUAACGGAUGAUUGAGACCAAAUAUAUGAACAGUAAAAAUUAAAAAUCUUGUGAUUAUCAUAAAAGAAUGCAACAAGAUGUCAAGCGAAACUGAAACCAGUUUUACGUUUAUCAUUGUAGCUGUAGGUAUAAAAAAAAAAUUAGAAAACUAUGUCGACUUAAUGAAAAACAUGAUACUCGAAACGGAGAAAACGAUGAAAAAGCACAUAAGAAUUUAUUACAUACGAUGUGUUCUAAACGAAAUACAACUAAUUAUAGAAUUUAUUAAAAUUAACAACAUUUACAAGUAUCUUAUUCUCAGAGCUGUAUGUGGAAUACAAAAUAACAAUACAAAUAACACACUUAUCUUUAAUAUAUUUGGCAAAUGUAUGGACGCAAUAAUAUUUUGGUCAACAAAUAAAGAAAAACUAUUUGAUUUAUUCAAGAUAGUGCAAGACUUUGCAUCUACUAAUUAUCGGCCUUCUGUAUGCAAUACACCUAAUAAUUUUUCCUUGGAAAAAAUCAAGAAUAUAAAAGAAUAUAAGAAAACUCCUGUUGUUACUGUGUCAGAAGCAAUAAAAAUAAUAGGUGAUAUAGUAUCUCGAAACUCGCCCAUAAACUUUGAAUAUGUAAAUGUACUUAAUGCUUAUGACAGAAUAUUAUCAGAAGAUGUAAAGUCCAGAUGUAACAUACCAUCAUUUAGAACUUCUGCUAAACAUGGAUAUGCAAUUAUAGUAAAUGAUGGAAAAAAUAAAAAGAAGAUACUAGAAGCAGGAAGUACAUUCUCAUUAAAACCUGGUACAUGUGUUAAGGUACAAUCUGGAGCAUCUAUUCCCGAUGAAGCAACAGCAGUUGUAAAAAUUAAAAAUAUAAAGACAAUAUCAAAAAAUGAUGACGAUGAUGACUACAAUAUUGAUAUCGAAAAAAAUGAAGAAAAAAUCGAAAUAGUAAUAGAACCAAAGGAAGGGGAAAAUAUUAGAAGGCCUAUUGGUCAUGAGAUAAAGAUAGGAGAAAAAAUUUUGAACAAACACACACGUAUUGGACCAGCAGAAAUGGGAUUGUUGACAUAUUUUCGUAUCUAUUAUGUUCAAGUCAUCAAAUAUCCAUCUAUAGGUAUAUUAUCCAUUGGAGAUGAAUUACAAGAACUUGGGGAGAUUUUAAGAGCAAAACAUAACUAUGAUAGUAACAAAUUAAUUUUAACCAUAUUAUUAAAACAGGAAGGUUUCAAUAAUGUUUUGGAUUUCGGGAUUGCAAAUGAUAAUAUAAUAAGCAUACAUAACAAAAUCAAGGAAAAUUUAAAAAAAGUAAAUGUAGUUGUGACUAUAGGUUCUGCGAAUGAUAGAGAUUUAUUGAAGCCCAUUUUACAAGAAUAUUUUAAUGCCACUAUACAUUUUGGUAACAUAGAUAUGAAACCCGGAAAAUCAACGACAUAUGCAACGUGCAUGUUCGAAUCUACAAGGAAACAUUUUUUAUGUUUGUCCAAAAAUUCGGCAGUCAUUCCUAUCGCUACACAUUUAUUCCUUUUACCUCUUGUGAAUGAACUAUGUUGCUUUAACAAGGAGCGGUUCUCAGUAUUAGCUCGCAUACGAUUAGCGCCCGAUUUGCAUCCGCGCCCUAAAUAUAUUUGGACAGCUUUAAAAUGGAAGAAGGAUACGUAUCCAUGGAUUCUCAAUAUGGCAAAUCAUUAUAUUAAUAACUCUACUAAUGCACUUUUAAGAUUGCCACCGCGUACAGUGGAUAUGUCAAAAUUAUUACCUGAUGCACUUAUAGCAACGAUGCUUAUUGGCUCAAAAUAAUUCUACCAAGAUAUUUUUCGACUUCAUUUGCAAAUUUACGUACAUUUUUACUUGGAAUAUAUAUUUUUUAAAGUUUGAAUAGAAUAG